UCCCCUUCUGUGCCCUUGUUGCUUAGCAACGACGAACGCUCUGAUCGGGCUCCGCUCGCUCACUGUGUGCCGUAUUAUAGCUAUGGCUGUGUGCUAGCUAGGUGCUAGCUUGGUAAAAGCCAAAAACAUGGAUGAUGAAGACGACCUGGACGAACUGCUGGAUGAAAUUGAAAAAAAGUUUUGUCGCGACGUUUCUGUCACAUCUUCGGCUUGCGUGGAUCAGCGCGAGGCGGGAAAAUGCGGGAAAAACAACGAAGGACACAGAAAACACAGUGCCACAAAACCUGACCGGGCGAUAAGCAGCGUCACCGACGACAUCGACGCGCUUCUGGAAGAACUAAUGGAGGAAGACUUCAGCGACUCCCCUCAACUAAAGACUGAAGCAUUUCCUAAAGGAGCAGGAGCCGAGAAGAAGCUGCCGUCUCAGUCCGGAGGGAGAAAGUGCUGUCCUGUGUUCGUUGGCGGGAGCUCUGUCUCAACCGGUGUAGGAACAGCCACGUCCAAGAGGUCGUGCCACCGGUUGAGGUGUACUUCCUGUGACUUCUGGGUGCUGAUGUUCGAUGACUGUGAGUGGGACGCGUCGUGUGAUUACCUGUUCCUCAGGUGAGUCCGCCGACGCUCGCACUUCACAACGAGGAAUUUAAACAUUGAACAUGUUACGAGGGGACAAGUCAGACUCCGUCUUCCACUGCUUUCUACCAACAUGGAUCCUUAUGUCAGGUCAAUACAUUUUAC